AUGCUCCAAGAAGCGGAUGAUUCAUCGCGUCGUGAAAAGUGUUUCACAACGAUUGCUCAACUGCCAACGUUUAUCGACCCAAAGCAGAUACCGGGCAAGAGAUCGCCCUUUUCAACGAUUCAAAACCAUGCAUUUGUACACUCUGUCGAGGUUAUUCUGCCAAAGGAGCUUUACUCACAGAUCAAACCGUCGCUCGAGACCAAACUGGAAAAACCUCGAUAUGCACGAGUCUUCAUGGCUCCUCUAGCUCUGCUUGAGCAUGAUUUUUUCAAUGCAUAUAUCAAGUCAGGGAAUAUCUUGAUGAUAUCCGAAGGACGCUCGGGUUCCGAUAAUGUCUUCACACUUCAAGAUGGGGUACUUCGAAUGGAACUAGGAAAGGAGCUCUAUGAACGAACAGGUCUCACAGGCAAGGCUUUGCGCAGUGGGGGCAGAAAACAUGCAAAGGAAAGAUUCUUGGUAGAAUUGAACUUCCGGCUGCCCUCGAUGCUACAUGGCAAGAAAGGCUUUGAAAGAAUCGUAUGGGCAUUCACCAAUGUUUUGACUCAAUCAAUGGCCUGGCUCUUCCACGACCUGGAAAGCAACCCGGGUCCGGGUGACGGAAACAAGCCUAUCAACAAGCUUCAACCACAGUUAAUAGACUGCGAGCCACAGGAAAUUGAUCACGCGCAAAUAAUCGUUCCACCAUUUUACGACAACGGGAAAGCACUCGAAGAAAUGUCGGAAGGUGACUUGCAGGAACAUUGUGGCGUCCUGUCAGAAUGGAUUGCCAUGGUUCAAAUGGCUUCUCCCCGAGUAAAUGGGGAAGACGACGUUGAUCCCUAUCUGAGUCGUUAUGCAGUUCCAGACGCAGAUGAAAGCCAGACCUCUGAUUUGAUAAGCUUAAAAUGGCACGGGUUGAUAUCUUCCCGGUGGAUCAUGCAGCUGUUCCUCGAUCUGUUGCAAAGUACCAAGGCUAACAACCUAUCUUGGUUUGCGCUUUCCGUCGCCGCUUUAGGAAAAGAAGCAGUGGAAGGCAGGGACGGAUUCAUGAUUAUGGUCCCUGGAACUGGAAGUGAACAAUGCCAGGUGAAUAGUGAGAGGAUCACUGGACCUGGCCGGAUGACUUUCUGUUGGGAGUUGAUGGGGGCAUCGGUGGCCGAACCCUGA